AUGUUGCUCCUGCGAGUUGCGUUAGUCACAAUAACUUUGGGCUUUACCAGAGCAGCUUCUUCAAGUGAAUGCUGUUCUGUAUUGGAAUCCGAUAUUACGGCUGCACCGAAUAGCAAUGCUUAUGAUACCACCAUUGCCGGAUUUUGAUCGGGUCAAGCACGCGAUGAUAAACCAACUUGUGUUGUACAACCUACUACUAGAGAACAUGUGGCUGCAGUGGUGAGGACUCUUACUCGAUGGCAGUGUCAAUUCUCGGUGAAGGGAGGCGGCCAUACACCAUUUCCUGGAGCGGCAUCAAUCAAUGAUGGAGUUACCAUUGAUUUGGCUAAGCUUAAUACUAUCUCUGUGGAUAAAAAUGCCAACAUCGCAUAUGUUGGCUCAGGAUUGAAGUGGGGACAGAUUUAUGAGUACCUGGAACCUAAGAAUAUGAUGGUCGCUGGCGGUAGAGAUUCUCUGGUUGGAAUCGGCGGCUUAAUCGUUGGAGGUGGUUACUCAUGGUUUGCGCCCCAAAAAGGUUUCGUGGCGGAUACUGUUAUCAACUUCGAGCUUGUGGUUGGUAACGGUUCAAUUAUCAACGUGAAUGCCACUUCGAAUUCAGACCUUUUCGUUGGACUGAAAGGAGGAGGCAACAAUUUCGGUAUCGUUACUCGCUAUGACAUGGAAACAUUCCCUUUCGAUAAGCUAUGGGGAGGGAUCAUGGUCUAUCCAGCCAGCACGGCCAAAGCCCAAAUCAAUUUUUUCACCAAUUUCACCAAUCAUAUAUCGGAUGAUCCAAAAGCCAAUUUUCUCAAUAUAUGGUCCUAUAAACAAGUCUCUGGUACACAGAGUAUCUUUAAUGUUAUUGAUUAUGUCGCACCAGUUGUGGCUCCAGCUAUUUACUCUGAUGCGUUGGCAAUUCCGGAUUUAGUCUCUAGCACAAUGCGAAUCACUAAUGUGAGUUCAUUGACUGAUGAGCUUUCUGGUACCUCGACUUUGGAUUCUAGGUACAUCUUCGUCACAACGACCUUUUCGAACAGUGCGGAAAUGUAUGAAACAGCUGUGAAUAUUUCGAAUAAGCAUUUGGAACCUUUCAAGAAUACCACGGGUCUUGUGUGGUCUAUCCUCUUUCAACCUAUUCCACUUAUCGUCAGUGAACAUUCAGUAGCAGCUGGUGGAAAUAUUAUGGGUGUGGAUCGAAGUAAAGACAAUUUGACGCUCUUUUUGGUCUAUGUGACUUGGCUUGAAGCUUCGGACGAUCAAAAGCUCACUGAUGCAGCUUAUGCCACAGUUGAGGAGAUCAAUGCGGCGACAGAUGAUCUCGGAGUUACGAAUCCUUUUGUUUAUCUCAAUUAUGCGGGAAAAACUCAAAACCCAUUGGCGGGAUAUGGUGAGAAAAAUACUGAGAAGAUGAGAGCCCUGAGUAAAAAGUAUGAUCCUCGAGGGACUUUCCAAAAAUUAGUCAAAGGGGGGUUUAAAAUUCCUGGUGUGGAAACUGUUAUAGACUAGGAAGUUGGGACUCCGAAAAGUGCAUGGAUGAAGGAGUCAGUUUUACUAUACCGACUUUGAACUUUUGAUUCUCAUUUUCCAAAAACGUUUUUCUACCGUUGUCCGCCGUUGAGUGAGUCAAGAUAAUCUGAUCUAGUCGGCGACACUGCAUCCGUUUAUUCCACAGCCGGUUUAAUGGACAAAGCCAAGGUACCUUGAUAUGGUCGGCGACAUUGCAUGCUAUACAUUCAACGGCUAGUACAAUAAGCGUUGUGGUUGCA